UUAUUGGUCAAGUCUACGAUGAUGCCCUCACUCCCUUCACCUCCACCCGGAGAAGAGCUGGCCAGAUUUUCUCAGAAAUCAAUAAUGGGAACAAUAUUUGAGACCACACAGCGAUAUACUGAGUGGAAGCCCAUAGGUCUCGGAGUCUCUGGACUUGUCUGCUCAGCUCGAGACCGGAUUGGUCACCGCACCGUGGCUGUCAAGAAACUCGCCGAUCCAUUUGUCACCGAUGCUGUCGCAAGGCACAUGUAUCGGGAGAUUAAGCUACUGCGACAGCUACACCAUGAGAAUAUCAUCAACCUUACCGACAUCUUUAUCUCUCCCUCCGAAGACAUAUACCUCGUCACCGAACUAAUGACCACCGAUCUAAACGCAAUCCUGAAAGCGAAAAAGGUCGAAGAACAAUUCGCGCAGUACUUCAUGUACCAAAUAAUGCGCGGCCUGAAAUAUCUCCAUUCAGCAGGCGUUGUCCACCGGGACUUGAAACCAAGCAAUAUCCUAGUAAACGAGAACUGCGACUUGAAAAUAUGCGACUUUGGUCUCGCCCGAAUCCAAGACCUCCACAUGACAGGCUAUGUAUCAACGCGAUACUACCGAGCUCCCGAAAUAAUGCUCACAUGGCGAAAAUAUAACGAGAAAGUGGAUAUCUGGAGCGCGGGCUGUAUUUUUGCUGAAUUAUUGCUUGGGGAACCUCUUUUCCCCGGGAAGAAUCACAUCAACCAAUUCUGCGUCAUCACUGAUAUUCUCGGCAAUCCGCCGAGGGAAGUGAUUGCAAAUGUUUCUAGCGAAAAUACUCUGAAUUUUAUCAAAUCGCUCCCUAAGCGAGACUGCAAGCCUAUGUCUCAGGUUAUUCCCCAAGCGAGUGCCGAAGCAACCACGUUAAUCGAGCAAAUGCUGCAGUUUAAUCCUGAUACGCGAAUUUCCGCCUCUGCUGCUCUGCAAUUACCCUAUCUUGCGCCCUAUCACGAUCCCACCGAUGAGCCAGUUGCGACUGAGACCUUCGAUUGGGCGUUCCUUGAAGCGAAUCUCCCAGCUGAUAUCUGGAAAACGAUUAUGUAUGGAGAGGUGCUAGGAUUCCAUGAACAAAUGAAUUCAAGUGGUCAGACUGGACCGAUGAAAUCGAUACACCAGGUUGAUGGAAUGGACCUGGGGUGA